AUGGCGUUGCUGGCCCCGAACGGCCGCGAGGCGCACAUCCUCCGCGUGCCCGUUGGCAAAGGGCAUGAGGCUGGCCGCGCGGACGAGCAGACAGGGAAGCGCCGGCUGGCUCCCGAUAUCCACAACUCGCAGCAGAACGGCCGCUCGCGCUGGAUCCAACGCACGCGCCGCCCCGCACGCGCCCCGGUCCGCGCACGGAGCACACGGCCCGCGCUCGCCUGUCGUCUGCGCGGCGUGCCCUCGCGUGCCCGCAUCUCGCAGCCUGCCCUGCCCUGCCCCGCACACGCGCCCCCGCACGGCGAUCUUCGCGGUUCUUACCCCGCAACCACCCCGCACCGCGGACGCGACGGGGUCCCUGCAGCACUCUGCACUCCGCACGCGUGCGUGCGCGCGGGCGGCGUCUGGUGGACAUAUGCGGAGGCCCACGAUCCGAUCCCGCAAGCGAGCGCGCGCGCGCGUCGUCAAUGCGCCGAUAAGUCGCGCGCGCUCGACCUCGCCGGGGGCAAGGCAUCGCGCCCCGUCGCGCCCCGUCGCGCCCCAGACGAGACCCAAGCCCCACAUCGCGCCGUCGAUCCGCGCCGUCGAACGCGGCGGGGCGCGGCGCGGCGCCCCAGGGGGCCACGCAGCGCCACGGAUCGCCACAGCAGUUGA